CUCUUAACACUUGUCUUCAUGCAUGUAAGCUAUGUAGUUGCUCCUUCUACUAUAAAUAGGAGUUCACAAUGUACCUUGUAUCAUCCAACAAUUAGCAACAUAACAUCUUCCUCCAAAACUUUAUUGUCUUUCUAGUUUUCUAGUUUCUCUAACCUUCUUCUCCACCACUUUACAAUAGCCUUUGUUUUUUCUUACAAUUGAAAUACAUGAAAGUUUGUACGCUUAACAAAAUUAAGAAAUACGGACUAGAGUGAACAUGUGGAGAGAAUUGAUGGAAAACUUAUCUCAAGAAAAUAUCUAAAUUAUUAGAGUUGCUGAUAUGAUAAAUAGCUUUGGUCCAUUCAUUUCCUCGAAAUUUCAGUCGACUUAGAAAUAGCUUCUCACACCCGAAUUCAAAAAUGGAUGGUCUCAACUCUCAAUCUCAGUCUCACACAGUCCGAAAACAAUUCUUAUACACUGUGGACAACAUGAUGCAUAUUCUAAAUCAAAUUGGGAGAUGGUUGAUGCAGCCAAAUUUGUGGAGAUUUAUAGGCUUCGCGUCAGCUGUUGUUGGACUGCUCUGUUAUGCUCUAAGCUCUUCCUUCAACUAUCUCUUUGGAGAAUGGAAUUUGCUGAAAAUAUUUCUUUAUAGUGUUUUCAGUUUCAUCAUAUGCUUGGUGAUUUUAUUUGCAAAAUUAUUUCAACAUUCGAGAAGUCUCCGGUUCAAAGCUCACACAGCAUUUUUGGUAUUGACAAUCACCUCUGUUUAUUCCUUUUUCUUCGAUAAAGUGAUGAAUGGGAAACCAGAUGCAUAUAGUUUAAUUUCAUGUGCUGCUUUUUCUAUCAUGUCAUUGAGUUUGUCGAGGCAAACUCAAUGCGGAUUUGAAAUUGAUCUUCUCUAUUUCUUCCUCGGAUGUCUAAUUGUGCAACUCAUGAAGAUUAAAUUGCAGUUAUUCAUUCUUGGAGCAGGUUUCAGCUACUCUCUUAUUAUUCUCCGUUCUUUUUUCUCUUCUAUUGAUGCUAGAGGACAUAAUCAAUACUCUCAAUUCCAAGAUGGAAACUCGGUGGUUCUUCAUAUUGAUUCACUAAAACUAGCUAAUACUGAUAUUGCUUGUGCUAGAAGUAGAAAUAACAUGGAUUCACCGCCAUUGGUGAUCACUACUGAUAUUAGUAGUGUGAUGGAACAACUCUGGACUUUUGUGAAGGCGCUUCAACAAGAAAAUUUAAAUCUCAUUCAGAUGGUUUUGGAUCAUGUAAAAAACUAUUGUGAACAACACUCUCCAUUGGUGGCGACCGAUCCUAACUUCAUGAUGGAUGCGCUGAAGCCAGAAACAAUCAAAGGCCUGGAGGAAACAGCGAAGGUUAUGGUGAGCGCUGGGUUUGAGAAGGAAUUUUCUGAUGUGUACAACAGUUGCCGGAGGGAAUGCUUGGACAAAUGCCUAAUGCAUAGAUUAUUCAUGUUAAAGAAACUCAGCAGCGAGGACAUUCACGAUAUGCCAUGGAUGGAUCUCGAACACGAGAUUAAAAUAUGGAUUAGAGCUUUCAAUGUCACCCUUAAGAUACUUUUCCCAGGUGAGCGACAACUCUGUGAUCGUGUCUUCUCCGGGUUCGCAUCUGCAGCUGAUUUCUCCUUCAUUGAGAUUUGCAGGGAAUCCAUCGUUCAACUUCUAAAUUUUGCAGAUUCUAUUGCAGCCGGAAGUCAUUCUCCAGAAUGUUUGUUUAACAUCAUCGAGGUGUUUGAAACAUUGCGUGACCUAAUUCCAGAAUUUGAGUCCUUAUUUUGUGAUCAGUACAGUGUGUCUCUAAAGAAUGAAGCAAUUACUAUAUGGAAGAAACUUGGGAAAGCAAUUAGAAGUAUUUUCAUGGAGUUGGAGUAUUUGCUUGACCAAAACUUGACGACGGGGACAUAUCUCAGCAGUGGUCUUCACCCGAUUACUCAACAUGUGGUGAACUAUCUCCGUGUAGUUUCCCAAUCACGGAAAACACUAGAGCAAGUUUUUGACGAUUCCUCACUUUCUGGGAAGAUUAUUAAUAUUAUGGAUAUAUUGGAGAGUAAUUUAGAAGCAAAGGCAAAAUGCUACGAGGAUCCUUCUUUAGGCUAUAUUUUCUUGAUGAAUAACAACACUUAUAUAAUUCCGAUGACCAAAGAUAAUGAACUAGGAAUCCUUUUAGGGGAUGAAUGGUUCCAAAAACACACUCUGAAAAUUUGGCACUACCAUGAACAAUAUCAGAUAACUUUGGGCACUAUGCCCCCCACUUUAGUGCAAGAUUUUUUCCCAUUAUUGUACAUCAAACAACAGAUAAAAGGUGUACGAAGUAUCGAAGGAUCAAAGGCGUACGAAGGAAAUGUGCAGGAAAUAGAAGCAUUACUCUCUCAGCUACCAAAAAGUAGGAAAAUGGAACCGGAGAUAGAGAUAAGAACAAUAGUACUGAUCUCUCCUGCACCACACGUUGAAAACAUAGAAAAAAUGCCACCGAAAGACGGGUUUAUCUGGAAAAAAUAUGGAAAGAAAGAGAUACCUGACGUCAAAUACCCGAGGAGUUACUAUAGGUGCAGCCACAUGAAUUUAGAUGCCUGUCAAGCCAAGAAGAAAGUACAACAACUUGGUGACAAUCCAAACGUUUUUGAAGUAACAUACAAUGGUGCACAUUCCUGCCGUAGGUCCUUGACAAUACCAUCAUUAUUUUUACCAGCACGAAGGAUCUCAAAGGAUAUGACUCAAACCACCAUGCCGGCAUCAACUUCAUAUUCUGAGUGGCUUUCAUCGGGCACGCCAGAUUCAAAGUCAACUGAAUAGAAAGCUUCUAGCAGAGUUAAAGAUCUAUCAAUGUCACUCUUUUGGUAGGCCUUCUUGAUGAAAAACUAUUUUGUAUAUGUAUAUUUGGAGUUGAUCGAGUAUCUGCAGCUAUUUUGAGUCUAGGAAUAUCUUGUUUUGAAAUGUAUAAAUUUAAACAUCUCAAAAGUCUAGCUGAUGAUGUAUAUGCUGCAAACAGGAUUUAUUCUGAUUUGGAAACAUUGAAAAUAUAGACGAGACUUUGUCGAAAUUCCAGUAAAAUUGUUCUAAAGUAAAUAGUCAUUUGGAAAUAAUAUAUUUAUUGUUUGUCAAAUUCGGUCAUUAGGCUUGCCGGACUAGUAUUAGUUCGUGCGCCGGUCACGAUUGGGGUUGGGUCGUGACAAGGUUGCAAAGAAACAGAGAAAAAGUCCAACAAAACCUUGAACUCUAUAAGAGAGACUCGUGGGAUAAGGUGUCGGAAUGUUUAAAGUUGGAUAUAAAUGACUCCACGGAAAUUAAUUUUGCGACAGAUUUGAUGAAAGAAAAGCUCAAUUUGUUUAACAUGAAAUUUACAGAAACAUGUAGUGUUCAGUGCAGAUGGUCUGUUCAUGAUGAGAAGCUAAGGGAAGAAAUAAUUGAAUCUCUCAAAAAUACCUUGUUGCCAGCAUAUGGAACCUUCAUUGGGAAGUUUCAGGAUUUUCUUAAAAACAAAGCUUACAAGUAUAUUGAGUAUGGAAUGUUUGAUAUUCAAGAUGUACUUGAUAGUUUGUUUCUUGGAAACAAGAAAGACGUAUGAAUCAUUUGGUUCGGUUUCUAUUUUAUUUUGUCAUUUUUUUCUUAAUCUUUCGAUGAAGUUGUUUUGGUUUUGUAAUGUUAUUUGGCAUUGAUGUACUUUGUGAGAGUGUUUCUUAGAUUUUAUAGAAACAUCUUAUAAUA